CGGUGACUACAGCAAACAAGAAAUCAAGUAAUUUUGAGCCUCCAACCAACACAAUGUCACAUACCCUCUUGUACCGUGGCAGCAUGCUCGCCAAUGGUUCAGACCCUAUGUCCCCUCAGCCUACAUACAAUCCCAGCUUUGGCGCUCCUCCUGCAGGUUACAAUAACUAUGGUCCUCCUCCUCCAGUACCAAAUUAUAGUUAUGGAUACUACGGUAAUAACCAUCCAUCAGCGCAGUCUGCUCCACCUGCUCGUGCUUCGUAUCAGUCGCAUGAAUAUACUAACUACUACGCUCCUCAACCUCAACCUCAACCUCAACCUCAGCCUCAGCCUCAAUCUCGAUCUAAUUAUGGAUACUCUAACCAAGAGUAUUCAACACUGCAGCCUGCUCGACGUCCCAAGGCCAAGAAUGGUAAAAAUGGGAAAAGUGGUUCUAGUGGUACAUCGUACAAAGUUUCUGGGAACCGAGUCAGUGGAAACAAAGGAGACCACAACGGAAUUUUCAACGUUGGCAACACGCAUGGUCGUGGCGGCACGGACAAUGAAGAAGAAGAAGAUUGAAUAUGAAUUAUGGAAAUAUUAAUAAGUCAUGCAUGCACGCUAAGUGCAUGUAGUAAUUCGCAGUUCCAGAAGGGCAUGGUUUCAUAUAUCAUGGGCUAAGCUCUUCCUUACAUUUAUAAAUAAUUAAGAGAUGAUGUACUAGUACUACACUUUCUGAUCAUGGCUAUUGACCUUUAAGGUUGUAGAAACCGUGUAUUCAAUAAUUGGAAUGGAGAUAUUACAACCUAUUUAUACA